AACCUAUAGUGGGGUAUCAAAAUAAAAGGUUUCUUAAGUAGCUUACAAAAAUGUACGUUAUUUAACUAAAUGGCGAGCCAACAACAAAAAAAAAAAGAUAAAAACAAGACAACUUAGUGUUCACAAAUGCAGUCGGAAGCAUCAAAUACAUUAUAUCACCAACAAAAAAUUAGAUAUUAGACUAUCGAUAGAUAUCACAAGCGUACCAAAAACAACAACACUGGCUGGUGGGCAGUAAAUUCGGACUGUCAUUUUUGUGACUGACUGAUCUUGUGAGUUUGCGGUUUGCGCAGCCCAAAAUAAUACCUUCCAAUAAUCUAAGUUCCAACCAACUCUUUGUUCAUAGAAGCCGGUAUUAUUAUACAAGCAGUACAGAGAUCAUAUGAUCAAAAUGGCGUCACAGAUUGAAAAUAUGAUAAAUGCCUACAAAACAUUGUCAAAAAUACCUUCCGUUUUGGGCGGUAGGCUUAUUAAACAUGGUACCAAAAUAUCAUCAAGGUGGUCAGUCAAGAAUCUAGAUAAAGGGAAGAACACUAAGUUCCUUUACAACUAUGUGUUGAAUGACAGCUUCAAUGUGAUAGCAGAGAGUGAAUUUGGAAUUGAUAUUAGUACUGAGGUGCUCUCAUCAGUGUCGCCUCGCGAGACGUUCAAGGCAGUCAUUCGUGAAGAAAAGGACAAGGAUGUGAAGAAGCAAUACUUGGAGGUGUGGAGGAAGAACCAACUGCUGCACAGCAUCAACCUUACCGCGUUGGACUUACACGGCGACGUCUAUGCCGACCCUGAAUUCGGCGGACUGGACUGGUCGCCCGACGAGUCGGCCGUCUUGUACGUGGCGGAGAAGAAACUGCCUAAACCAGAGCCGUACAUCAAGAGGAAGCCCGAGGAGAGGCCACAGUGCAAUGGCGGGACCUGCGAGACUGCGCCUAAUAAUAAGGGCGAAGAGUUCCUGUACAGACAAGACUGGGGCGAGCAACUAGUGGGCAAGCACUUAUCCGUGGUGGUGGUAUGUCAGCUGGAGACCGAGAAGGUCUCGGUCCUCGGAGGCCUGCCGGAGACCUGGUGCCCGGGACAGGUUGUUUUCGCGCCGGACGGCGAGAGCGUGGUGGGCGUGGCCUGGGAGACGGAGCCGCGGCGCCUGGGCCUCAAGUUCUGCACCAACAGGCCUAGCUACAUCUUCAGCCUCACCAAUGAUGGGACUAUGAAGAAACUAUCUAGCGAAGGCAUGGCAGUAAGGUCGCCUCGCUUCUCGCCCGAGGGUGAUCUGGUGUGGUUGCAAAGAACCACGGGCGGGCCACACCACGCGUGCCACGCGCUUGUCAUGAUGAAGAAGGGACAGAGCGAAGUGUCAACCAUCAUAGACAUUGUGGAGACCGAGAUCCAGAUCGCCAACGGCUCGUUCCACGGCCUGUACUGCCAGGCGCUGCCCGAGCGCUGCUUCGUGGACAACAAGCGAGUGUUGUUCUCCACGCCGCAGCAGACUGAAGUUAGAUCCUACGUGGUCAACUUAGAAAGCAAACACAUUGUGGACAUAUCGAACAGGACGACGCCCGGCUCUACGUCGGUGCUGGACAUACAGUCCAAUGUAGUCCUGGCUGUUUGCUCCAACAUGACCACUCCUGGACAGUUGUUCGUGAGCCGAAUGCCGACGGCGGGAACAGAGGCCGACGCGCGCUGGGUGCGAGUGAGCGAGGCGGCCGACGUGCCUCUCUCUCUUGCUACCAGCUCGGUGCAAUACUUGCAGCUUACGCAUGAGAAUUCGGAGGACAGCGUCAAAUCAUUCACGGCGAUAUACAUGGCGCCGCAGAAGGAAGGCAAGCUGCCGCUGGUGGUGUGGCCGCACGGCGGGCCGCACUCGGGCUUCGUCAACGCCUUCGCUAGCGAAGCCGCUUUCUUCGCCAUGCUCGGCUUCGCGAUGCUCCAAAUUAACUACCGAGGGUCCACAGGCGGCGGCCAGGCUUCCGUUGGCUUCCUGCCUAAGCGGGUCGGCUCAGCUGACGUCGUAGACUGCAAGCUCGCCACAGAUAUAGCCCUAAAACAGUUCCCGAUCGAUGAGAACAAGUUGUGCCUUGUCGGAGGCUCGCACGGAGGCUUCCUGGUCACGCACCUCAGUGGACAAUACCCAGAUCUAUAUAAAGUUGUGGCAACGAGGAACCCGGUGACAGAUGUCGCUACGAUGUUCAAUUCCACUGACAUCGCGGAUUGGUGCGCAGUAGAAGCCGGAUUCGAAUUUACAGAGAAGGGCCCGGUGUCCGAGGAGCAUAUGCUCGCCAUGCGGCGUUGCUCGCCCAUCGCGCACGUGCACAAGGUCAAGGCGCCCACCGCUAUGAUGUUGGGAAGCGGCGAUAAGAGGGUGCCGCUCUUCCAAGGACUGGAGUACGCCAGGAGGCUCAAGGCUAAUGGGGUUACCACUAGGAUAUACAUGUAUGACGACAACCAUUCGCUGUCUUCGCCGGCUGCUGAAAUGGACCACGUUAUCAACACAGCCAGCUGGUUCUUCCAGCACCUCUCGUGAACACCUUGACUGAUUGACGUAGCAUCCAACCAAUUUUUAUACCUUCAUAAAAUAUUCUCCGACGUAGUAUUCAACCAAUUUUUAUACUUUCAUAUUCUCCCAUUUGCUAACUAUAGAUAUAAGGAUGUUUUGUAUAAGUAAAGUAGUGGAACUGACAGGAUAAAUAUCGAAUAAACAUAAGUAGGUACUUUUUGGAUACGAAUUUGUGAUAAGCCUAAAAUAAAAAUAGCUAGUCCUUUUCAAUUCUUCACAUCAGGGGGUUCUUUACAGCUUUUGAUAUCAUUUUCUGGUUUAUCUGACUUUGUCGCUUAUGCCAGAAUGAGAGAAAGAUAAAUAGAUCUCACUAAGCCCCAAAGCUUUAGGAUUUUGUACAGAAAAAUAAUUUCCUUUUAGAUAUUAAUUUACCUACUAUUGAAAUUUAGAUAUUAGUUUUCUGUUGCUAUUAUGUUAUUACUUUUUGAACCUAUUUAGCGAAUGUUUUCGUGCCAGAUCUAUUGUUAAGCUUUAUUUAAUAUUGCAUUUUUUCUUAUACACGCAAAUAUUUACUUGAUUUAUUAUGCGAAUCAUUUUAUUUUAUUAUUAUUGAAAGCAUUUCUUUUUAUCAUUGUACAGUCAGUUCUGGAGUUGGCUCAAUUUUGUAAUCAAUAUUAUAUGUAAUAUUAUUUAACAACUUUUUGCUGACUGUACAUCGUUACUUUAGUUUAUUAAAAUAAAAAAAAUAUUUGUUA